AGCUUAACAAGCCCAUAAGUAAAAACCCCAAUAUCACAAACCCUAGCUAUUUAUUCAUUCUAAUCUCCUUCGUCUUCAGAAUCCCUAGCGUUUUUUUCGUCAGUGUUCACCAAAACCCUACUCCCCUUCUCUCUCUCUCCGUUGUCGCCUGCAACAAUGUCGAGGAAUAGAAAGACCAGAGAGCCUAAGGAAGAGACUGUUACUCUCGGCCCAGCUGUUAGAGAGGGAGAGCAUGUUUUUGGCGUUGCUCACAUUUUCGCCUCUUUCAAUGAUACCUUCAUCCAUGUCACUGAUGUGUCCGGGAGAGAAACCCUUGUUCGUAUUACAGGUGGGAUGAAGGUCAAAGCUGACAGGGAUGAGUCUUCUCCUUAUGCUGCUAUGCUUGCUGCCCAAGAUGUUUCUACACGUUGUAAGGAACUUGGCAUCACUGCUCUCCAUAUCAAGCUCCGUGCUACUGGAGGAAACAAGACUAAGACUCCUGGACCAGGUGCUCAGUCUGCACUCAGGGCCCUUGCUCGUUCAGGCAUGAAAAUUGGCCGUAUUGAGGAUGUAACCCCCAUCCCAACAGACAGUACUCGCCGAAAGGGAGGAAGAAGGGGAAGGAGGCUGUGAAUUUUCUUGUUCCAUCACUUGUCAUGUGGUGUUGUUAUAUUAUGGAUUUUUUAGUCUAGCAACUGUUGAGACCUUUGCUCUUCUUUUUGAAGUCAGGACUUGUAGUUUGGAAUUUCAUUAAGAUUUAUGAUGUUCUGUUUAAGAGCAAUUUUGAUGGGUUUUUUUGAGUUGGAUACAAAA